GGGCCCUGCGGAGGGGACAAAGCUCCUCCUCCUCUGCUGCUCCUCCUCAUCCUCCCCCUCCAGGCCUCCAGCGCGAACUGUGCUCCUCUGGGGCCCCUCCGCCGCUUCCCAACCAUGGUGGCCUGGCGGUCGGCGUUCCUUAUCUGCCUCGCGUUCUCCUUGACCACCCUGGUCCACAGAGGAUAUGGGGAUGUCAGGGAUGAUUCUAAUCCGGAGGAUGCUCGGAAAAAAAAUUCUCCACUGAAGCAGAGAUGGGACUAUGUUAGCACCACAACCAAGAGGCCAGGAGCAACCAGAGCUCCAGUAAAUGCUGCAGGGAUCCCUGCAAUAGAUGAUUUUGACUUAGCUGAUGCCUUGGAUGAUAAAAAUGAUCGAAAUGAUGGCCACAGGAACCCAAGUACAGCAGGAGAAGGAGGUAUUUCAGACAAGGAUCUUGAAGACAUCUUAGGAGGUGGUGCAUACAAGCCUGAUAAAAAUAAAGGUGACGGUGGAUACGGCAGCAGUGACGACCCUGGAUCUGGCAUGUCUGCAGAGACUGGCACCAUCGCAGGAGUGGCCAGCGCCUUGGCCAUGGCCCUGAUUGGGGCAGUGUCCAGCUACAUCUCCUACCAGCAGAAGAAGUUCUGUUUCAGCAUUCAGCAGAAUCUUAAUGCGGACUAUGUGAAGGGGGAGAAUCUGGAAGCCGUUGUGUGUGAGGAGCCCCAAGUGAAAUAUUCAACUCUGCAAACACAAUCUGCACAGCCGCCGCCACCGGAGCUGCCGCGGAUCUGAAGGGAGGCCUGGCUCAGCAGCGCGCAUGCGCGCGCGCCCCAGCUCUUGAUUUCCUUUCUAAGCUUCCCAUGUCAUUGCCUUUUCAUUGUUCUGAGUUUCCUGGACAAGCUUGGGUGUUCUUGAGAGUGAUUUCUGUGCCCUACCCCGGAGGGCAGGGCACUCACUCUGCCACAGGUACCUUGAAGAGACUUGGUGCUGAGACUGGAGACCUGGCUCCAGAUCUCCAGUACUGGAAGCUUCUGAGGCAGCCUGCUCCGGCCUUAGUGUAG